AUGGCAGACUUCGAGUUCAAGAACGUGAUGGAAGGCUUCUUCUUCGACCACAAGGUUGUGACGCGCAAUCCGGGCGCGCCGCAGCUACCAUACGGCGGUAUGCCUCUGCUCAGCUUGGCCGGAUUCACAGAUUGGAUUGGAUUCAGUUGCGCGGCGCAUCCCGACGGCAUCUUUGUGGUCCCUGGGUUGAAUAACGCGCUGCGGGUUUACAAUGUCUGGCCGGAGCGUGGGCCCUUACCGCGAUACGUCUUUCCUCCAUGUCGACCAAUCGAGGUACAGCAGCGCAUGGAUCAAGCGACACAGCGUUGCAAUAUGAACGCGCAGCAGAAGCUCAGAGCGACUCAGUUGGAGGCUGAGAUUAAGGCGCAGGGCCGAGAGCAUGCCAUUGAUCUGCUUCCUCCUCUUGCAAUUCAAUUCCUCCGUAAUGCCUUCGUAUAG